ACAUCAAACACACACAUCAAACACACCACAAACACACACAUCAAACACUUGCAGAAAAACACUCCAACAAUGGCUUCCGCCUGUGCUUCAUCAGCCAUCGCCGCUGUCGUCGCCGUUUCUUCCCCCAGUUCACAAAAGAAUGGAGCGAUUGUGGGAGCAACAAAGGCUUCUUUCUUUGGAGGAAGAAAAUUGAGAGUGAGUAAGUUUGCAGCACCUUCCAACACAAGAUCGGUUGCCGUGUGCGUUGCGGCCGAUCCAGAUAGACCUAUCUGGUUCCCCGGUAGCACCCCUCCCGAAUGGCUCGACGGCAGCCUCCCCGGAGAUUUCGGAUUCGACCCUCUUGGCCUAGGAUCCGACCCGGAUAGCUUGAAAUGGAACGCGCAGGCGGAGCUAGUGCACUGCAGGUGGGCCAUGCUAGGCGCCGCCGGAAUCUUCAUCCCCGAAUUCCUCACCAAAAUCGGAAUCCUCAACACUCCUUCAUGGUACACGGCCGGCGAACAAGAGUACUUCACCGACACAACAACACUCUUCAUCGUCGAGCUCGUUCUAAUCGGGUGGGCCGAGGGUAGAAGAUGGGCCGACAUCAUCAAGCCCGGAAGUGUGAACACCGACCCCAUUUUCCCCAACAACAAGCUCACGGGUACCGACGUUGGCUACCCGGGCGGGCUUUGGUUCGACCCCCUUGGAUAUGGAUCCGGGUCGCCCGCGAAAAUCAAGGAGAUCAGGACUAAGGAGAUCAAGAACGGGAGACUUGCCAUGCUGGCGGUGAUGGGUGCGUGGUUCCAGCACAUCUACACCGGAACGGGCCCCAUUGAUAACCUAUUUGCUCACCUUGCCGAUCCCGGUCAUGCCACCAUUUUUUCUGCAUUCAGCCCCAAGUGAGGGAGAAUGUUGGAGAGAUGCCAGCCAGCAGCCACGAUUUAUCUGGGAAAGGAGUCGAUUUUUUUCUCAGUGUGUUUUUUUUUUCUUUUCCCCAAAAAUUUAAUGUUGCAUUGUUAGAUAUGUAAUGAUAUUAUAUAUCUAUAUGUGAUGUAGAAAAGAGCUUGUGCAGUGUACAAAUAUUUACCUUCAAGAGAUCGUAAACCCCAUAAA